GUACUUGCACUUUUACGAGUCGCCAUAGGUUGUCGCUGUUGUAGCAGGAAAAAGACGCCGGUUGACAGCCGGGAGAAGCAAAGCAAACGCAGCAGCUCGACUCCCUCCCGACAACUCUUACCUACACAACACGGAGGGCGAGGUGGGAUCCGUGCAUGUUGACAGUGCCGCACCACUUGGUCCUUUUUGGAGCGAAAAUCAGAAGCACAUACCAAGGAGAGGAAGAAGCAAUCGUAGCAAGAAGAGGAAGAAGAGAAAGUUUGUUCGUUUGAUGAAGUGCCUGGUGUCAUCGCGUUGUUCUGGGCUGUCAGUGUCGGAGUGGCGCAAGGAGGUGGAGGAACGGGGAGGGCUGCGGCAGACGUGUUCGGCUUCGACGAGUUCGUGAUUGCUGCGGGAGGAUUUGAAAAGCGGCGGUGGCGGCAGCGGUGGCGCAAUGCUGGCCUGGCACGCUCUGCUCCUGAUGACGCUGCUGAGCCCAGGAUCGCAAGGCAACUUGCUGGACAGCUUGCUGCUGAGGGGUGGCUGGAAGCAGGAGUCGGAGCGGAGGGCCGAGGGGAGCAGCAGCAACAGCAGCAGUCGUGCAGCCGCCGUUAUGGCCCAAAACAUGUUGUGGUGUCACUGCACCCAGCAGUGUCCCGAAGACUCCUCGAACAACAGUUGCAUGACGGACGGUUUCUGCUUCACCAUGGUGGAGGAGGAAGAGGAGGGCGGUCUGGCCGUCUUCACGUCAGGCUGUCUGGGACUGGCUGGGUCCAAGUUCCAGUGCAGAGACACGGCGAACGCUCGCUUCCGGAGAGCUCUGGAGUGCUGCACGGAUCGGGACUAUUGCAACCGCAACCUUCACCCGACUCUUCCUCCCUUGCGGACCUCAGAUUACGUGGACAGCGGUUCUCAUUACUUGGCUCUCCUCAUUUCCAGUACGGUCUGCGGCAUUUUCGUGGUCAUCGUCUUCAUCAUCUGCUGUAUCAGGUACAAGCGGCAGGAAUCGCAGCCGCGCUACAGCAUCAACCUGGAACAGGACGACUCUUACAUCCCCCCGGGGGAGUCACUCAAAGACCUCAUCGAACAUUCCCACAGCGUCGGCUCUGGUUCGGGCUCAGGGCUCCCCUUACUGGUUCAGCGCACCAUCGCCAAGCAGAUUCAGAUGGUGAAGCAGAUCGGGAAGGGGCGCUACGGGGAUGUGUGGAUGGGCAAGUGGCGAGGAGAGCGAGUGGCUGUCAAAGUGUUCUUCACCACCGAGGAAGAGAGCUGGUUCCGGGAGACGGAAAUCUACCAGACCUUCCUCAUGCGACACGACAACAUUCUGGGCUUCAUAGCGGCCGACAUUAAGGGCACGGGCUCAUGGACGCAGUUGUACCUGAUCACCGACUACCACGAGAACGGCUCGCUCUACGACUACCUCAAAUGCAACACGCUGGAUGCCAGAGCUUUGCUCAAGCUGGCCUACUCGUCCAUAUCGGGCCUGUGCCACCUGCACACCGAGAUUUACGGCACACAAGGCAAGCCGGCCAUCGCCCACCGAGACCUCAAGAGCAAGAACGUCCUGGUCAAGAGGAACGGGACGUGCUGCAUCGCGGACCUUGGCCUGGCUGUCAAGUUUAACAGCGAUACCAAUGAGGUGGACGUGCCGCCCAAUCUGCGGGUGGGCACCAAACGCUACAUGCCUCCCGAGGUCCUGGACGAGACCUUGAACAGGACUCACUUCCAGUCCUUCAUCAUGGCCGACAUGUACAGCUUUGGCCUCAUCGUGUGGGAGAUGGCCCGACGCUGCGUGUCUGGAGGCAUCGCGGAGGACUACCAGCUACCCUAUUAUGACCUGGUGGCUUCCGACCCCUCCUAUGACGACAUGAGGAAGGUGGUCUGCCUCAAGCAACAAAGACCGGCGUUUGCCAGCAGCUGGGCCGCUGAUGAGUGUUUACAUCCGAUGGCAAAACUGAUGUCGGAAUGCUGGUCGCACAAGCCGGCUUCUCGCCUCACCGCCUUGCGGGUGAAGAAGACCCUCGCCAGGAUGUUGGAGUCUCAGGACAUCAAGCCGUGACACACGUACGCACACGCGCACACAAGAAAGAACCAUACUACUAAGACCCAUUGGACAGGGGGAGGAGUUAACUUGCCUUUGUGUUGAUACCAUUGUGCUUUCUGUGAAAGUUGAGUGGCUCUUCAGGGGAGCCAGGGGGGACACCAACCCCUUCCUCUACAGCCAGGCACCCGUAUUUAUAUGUGCAGUCUUUUGUACUGUUGAUUUUGUCUAGCCUCAGAACAUAAUGCUCAGUGACCUUAUUAGGGUCAUGAUCAGUUGGAUUAAAUUAAUUGAAAAAUAAAUGUAUGUUGCUUCCUGUUUCGUCAGCGUUGGUUUCCACCUUUCAUUUGUAUGUCCAAAAAAUAUCCCGAAUUGUCUUUUUUUUUUUAAGGUUCAUCAAUAUGUUUUUCAAAUGGACGUGUGUGAAUACACUUUACCUGUAUAAUAUUUUGGUUGCCUGCAGUAUUUGAAUCGCUAGAAAUCAUCCUUGUUCAGAAAAGUUUGGUCAACACUGGUCUUGGGAUUGCAAUGAAAGACUGUGGUUCAACACAAACAAUAAAAUGCCACACUGUCUUUUGUCGUCAGUGUUGCAUAUAAAUAUAAUUUAUUAGUUUUAAAAAUCACAUUUCUUACACUUUAUACAAUUACGUUGAGACUGGAGCGCUUGUUGAGGAUCCUCACAUGAAAAUCGCGCACGUUAGCAUCAUAAAGCCGCACAACUAAUUAGAAAAAAAAAAUGGCCACCCCCAUUAAGGACGUGUAAUUCAUGUUGGGGGGGAAAAAAAGGUUGCAUAGACGGCUUUAC